AUGAGCAACAACGAAAUUGUAUUUGUCACUGGCAAUGCCAACAAGUUAAAGGAAGUGCAGUCGAUUUUGACUCAAGAGGUCGACAACAACAACAAAACCAUCCACUUAAUCAAUGAGGCCUUAGACCUGGAAGAAUUGCAGGACACGGAUCUGAAUGCCAUUGCGUUAGCUAAGGGAAAGCAAGCUGUUGCGGCCUUGGGUAAGGGUAAGCCAGUGUUUGUGGAAGACACUGCGUUGAGAUUUGACGAAUUUAACGGUCUACCAGGUGCUUAUAUAAAAUGGUUUUUAAAGAGCAUGGGAUUGGAAAAAAUUGUGAAAAUGUUGGAACCCUUUGAAAAUAAAAACGCUGAAGCAGUUACCACCAUUUGUUUUGCUGAUUCUCGGGGUGAAUAUCACUUCUUUCAAGGUAUUACAAGAGGCAAGAUCGUUCCAAGCCGGGGACCCACUACAUUCGGCUGGGAUUCAAUUUUUGAACCUUUUGAUAGUCAUGGACUGACUUACGCAGAGAUGAGCAAAGACGCAAAGAAUGCUAUUUCUCAUCGUGGUAAAGCCUUCGCUCAGUUUAAAGAGUACUUGUAUCAAAAUGACUUUUAG